AUGCAAAAGCAAUACGGAGACAUAUUUCAAAUUUGGAUAGGUUCAAAUCACUAUUAUGUAUUUUGUCGUUCUGAACACGCUGAGAAAAUUUAUUCCGAUCGUCAUAUAUUCGAUCGUGCCGAUGUACGUACAAAAACAUUUGGUUUAAUAGCAGAAGAUUUUUUGAUCACACUUGUUGGUUCGAAAUACAAACGACAUGCAAAAGCAAUUGUGCCAAUGUUAAGAAAACAUAGAUUUAAAUCACAAAUUUCGAUUAUCAUCAAUUAUGUUGAUCAGUUGAUUCAUAUUUGGAAAGAUAGAUAUGAGAAUCAAAAUAAUCCCAUAUGCACAUGUAUAUUGACUGGUAAUCAACAAUUAAUGUUGGAUACAUUUACGCGCUUAACAUUUGAUUAUGAUCUGGGUAAUUUAAAGCAUCUAUCAAAACUUGCGAAACAAAGCAAUUCAGAAGACAAAAUUCAACCAUCGGAGCUAGGUGUCGCAUUAUCAAUUUGGUUAGACGCAUUAACACGUGUUGCAACCAAUGGCAUGUCAAGUUUUGUCAAUGAUUUUCUAUUGAAGAUUGAUAAGAAAUAUCAAAAUGCUUUGAAAACGCUGAAAACUAAUGCAGAAAACAUGAUUCGAAAAUGUCAAGAAGAAAUGGAUCCAAAUAAUAGACCAGUAAAUCUUGUUGCAUCAUUAGUAUCAUCAUUACAAAAGGACGAAGCAUCUGAAAAAAGAAAACCUGAAACAGAACAGAUAGGAAUUACGAAAAAAGAAUUAUUAGGUGAAGUAUUAGGAUUGAUUCUAGGUGGUUAUGAAACAUCGUCAACUAUUCUAGCAUGGUUUAUUCAUUUUGUAAGUAAAAAAUCUGAAGUUCAACAAAAAAUGAAAGAAGAAUUGAAGCAACAAGGUAUUACAAAAGAAACAUCUCUGAAUAAUUUCGAUCUAUUGGAUCGAUGCCAAUAUAUUGACUGUGUGUUGAAAGAAACUUUACGAUUGGCAACAACUUCGUUUGUUUCGCCUCGAACACUUCUCGUUGAUACUAUUAUUGAUGGAAUUAAAAUUCGUAAAGGAGAUACAGUUGUAUCAGCAUUCAGUUUAAUGCAACGUGAUCCAAGAUAUUGGAAAUUAGAUCCAACUCAAUUUAUUCCACAGAGGUUUUUUGGUGUUGAUGCGCCCGAUGUCAAUCAUAAUCCGUUCGUGUUCACUCCGUUUGGCGGUGGACAUCGAGCUUGUGUUGGACAAGAUUUAGCUAGAUUAGAAUUAAAAGUAAUAAUUAUUCGUUACUUUCAUUGA